AGCUCGGUCGUGUCUUGGUGAAGUAUACUAGAGAGCCGUCAGUGGCCUCAGUAUCAGAUUGUUUGUGAGGGGUUCGAUGAUGAGGGGGAUGGGAGAAGGGCGGCUGCGCGGCUGUUGUUUCUGACGUCACUACCUCUGCGCUCCUGCGGGCCGUCUCAGCAUCGCUGCACCGCAACGCUUUAAUACACGACCAUUAAAGUACGCGACCAUGGACGACCUACCGCCAAUUCUCAACAUCUCCAUUUGUCUCAAGAUCCAGCCCAACGAGGGCCCUGUGUUCUUCAAGGUGGACGGGACGCGCUUCGGUCAGACGCGGACCAUCAAGCUGCUCACGGGCUCCAAAUACAAGAUCGAGGUGGUGCUGAAACCCGGGAAGGCGGAGGCUACCAACAUGAACAUCGGGGGGGUGAUCUUCCCCCUGGAGCUCCAGGCCCAGGAGGGGGACCAGGAGGUAGGGGACAAGAUGGUCUACCACGGCCAGUACGACACAGAGGGGGUCCCCCACACAAAGAGUGGAGACCGACAGCCCAUCCAGGUCAGCAUCGAGUUCCCCAAGGCCGGUCAGUUUGAGACCGUGUGGCAGGUGAAGUUCUACAACUACUACAAGAGGGAACACUGCCAGUUCGGGAACAAGUUCAGCGACAUUGAAUACGAGUGCAAGCCCAACGAGACGCGGACCCUGAUGUGGAUCAACAAGGAGGUCUUCAACUGAGCCCCCGGCGGGACGCUGGCCUGCCGGGGAACCAGAGAGACCAGGAACAACACUGCUUUCAGAACAAGAGCCGUCUCCCAUGCUGGUUUCUCGCGGAGCGGAUGUAACCAGGCAUGAGCAGUCGAACCAGAACACUUUUUACAUCAAUCAGCAGCUUUGAUGGGACAUACCAAUAUACGGCUGCAGGCUGACCUAGAGCCGUCCUAGACCCCCCCCCCCUGGACCACCUUUAGACCCCCCCUAGAUCACCCCUAGACUACCCGUAGGCAACUCAUAGACCACCCCUAGAUCAGGCUGGAAGGCAUACCUGUUGAACCUGUGUACCUGUGUAUGGCACAGACAGAGAGAGAGAGAGAGAGAGUGAGAGAGAGAAAACGAAUCGUGAAGGUGUGUUUGGUAUUGCGUUCGUGUGUGUGUGUGUACGUGCGUGCAUAUGGCAUGAUUAACCACAUGAGUGUCUGUGUGUGUAUAUUUAGGUGUUCAUCAGUCACUUGUUCUGGACGUCUGUGAUAACUCUUCGGUGGUUUCGGUGCAUGGUUGGAUUCAUUUUGCCAAAAGCGGUUUUGUGUCUUAUGAUGUUCUCCGAUCUAGUUUUGUUAUGUAUUGAGCAGGAAACCAAUGUGAAUAAACCUGAUGAAUACACAGA